AUGGUCUUGGAUCCCCCCAAACGGGCUCGGAACCCUCCAAAAAGGGCUCAAAUCCCCCCAAAAUGGGUCCGGAUCCCCCCAAAACAGACUCAGAUCCCCCAAAACGGGCACGGAUCCCCCAAAACGGUUCCGGAUCCCCCAAAAAUAGGUCCAGAUACUCCCAAAAUGGCUCCAGCUGCUUCCCAAUGGGCACCGGUGCGCUUGGCCCAGGGUCCCCACGCCUGCGCCGGCCGGGUCGAGCUCUUCCAUGAGCACCAAUGGGGGACGGUUUGCGACCAGCACUGGGACCUAUGGGACGCGGCCGUGGUGUGCCGGGAGCUGGGCUGCGGCCCCGCACGCUCGGCCCCUGGGGCCGGGAGCUUCGGGAUGGGAACGGGACCCAUCUGGAUGGAUGGGGUCAACUGCACCGGGAUGGAGGUGGCGCUGUCCUCGUGCGGGAGCAAAGGAUGGGGGAAGAGCGACUGCGACCAUGGCAACGAUGCUGGUGUGGUGUGCGCAGACACCCCCAUGCACCCCAUUGCCACCCGCACCGGCCCCACAGAGCUCCGCCUGGUCAAUGGCUCUGACCGCUGCUCCGGACGGCUGGAAGUGAGGCACCAUUCCCAAUGGGGAACCGUGUGUGACCGCGCCUGGGGCACCCCCGAGGCCACCGUGGUGUGCCGGGAGCUGGGCUGUGGGGCCCUGGCAUCACCCUAUGGAGCAGCUCACUUCGGCCAAGGCUCCGGUCCCAUCUGGCUCGACCACGUCCAAUGCAAUGGGAGCGAAGCCGCCCUGGCCCAGUGCUUGGCCCGACCCUGGGGUACCAAUGACUGCGACCAUGGACACGAUGCUGGGGUUGUCUGUGCAGAGGCGGGCUCCUCCCCGCAGCAGCCCCUGCGCUUGGCCAACGGCUCCAACCCCUGCGUGGGCCGAGUCGAGGUCCUCCACGACCACAAGUGGGGCACGGUCUGCGACGACGCCUGGGACCUGCUGGACGCCGCCGUGGUCUGCAGGCAGCUGGGCUGCGGGGAGGCCGUGGCCGCCCCCACCUCGGCUCGCUUCGGCCCCGGCGCUGACCCCAUCUGGCUCGAUGACGUCCACUGCGCCGGCACCGAGGCGGCGCUGAGCCAGUGCCAGCUCCCUGCAUGGGGAGAGCACAACUGCGCCCAUAGCGAGGACGCCGGAGUCGUCUGCUCAGGCCCCAACCCCUUGCAGCUGCGGGUGCAGGAGGGCCCCGGGCCCUGCGGGGGGCGCCUGGAGGUGCUCUACAACGGGACCUGGCUCGGGGUGUGCGGCACCGGCUGGAGCCUGCUGGAGGCCGCCGUGGUCUGCAGGCAGCUGGGCUGCGGGGAGGCCCAGGCAGCACCCAUGGGUGCCCCCCUGCACCAGGAGCACGGGGGGGCCCUGCUGGAGGGGCUCAGCUGCCGCGGCACCGAGGCGCUGCUCAUUGAGUGCCUGCAGACGCACGCGGGGCCGGGCUCGUGCCCAUUGGGCUUGGUGGCCACCGUGGUGUGCGCCGAGCCCGAAGGAGGGGUCGAUCCCUGCCCGGUGCUGGCCGCGCUCCUCGGCACGGGGGCGCUGCUCUGUGGGACCCUCCUCAUGCUCUGCCUAUGGGCGCGCUGUGGGCACCGGGGUGGACGCAUUGAAGGUGAGAGCAGGAGUGGGGGUCCUGGGCCUGCGGCCAUGGCCACGCCGGCACGGAUCCAUCCCCGGGGCCGGAGCGGGGCCGCACGCGGUCCUGGUGGGGCCAAGAGCAUCGGGGUUCUGCUGCUGCUGGCGUGGCUAUGGGGCACAUCCAAUGGGACCCCAAUGGGGUCCCUUCGCUUGGAAGGGGGUCCCAGCCGCUGCGCCGGGCGCGUGGAGGUGCUGCACAACGGCACGUGGGGCACGGUGUGCGACGACGGAUGGGGCUUCCAGGAGGGCCAGGUCGUGUGCCGGGAGCUGGGCUGCGGCUCGGUGCUGUCGGUGGCGCCGGGAGCUCGCUACGGGCAAGGGAAAGGGCCCAUCUGGUUGGACGACGUCAACUGCACCGGGGAGGAACCGGCACUGCGGGGGUGCCGAGCGAAGCCAUGGGGGGAGCACAACUGCAACCACGUGGAGGACGCCAGCGUCGAGUGCUCAGAUUCCACCGUGGCCACCUUGGGCACCCUCCAGUUGGUCAACGGCCUCGACCGCUGCGCCGGGAGGGUGGAGGUGCUGCACGAGCACAUGUGGGGCACGGUGUGCGACGACGGAUGGGAUCUGCUGGACGCGGCCGUGGUGUGCCGGCAGCUCGGCUGCGGCACGGCGCUGGCCGCCACCCACGGGGCUCACUUUGGAAGGGGCCACGAUCCCAUCUGGUUGGAUGAGGUCAACUGCACCGGUAGCGAGGCCGCGCUGGUGGAUUGCCGGGCCAGCGCGUGGGGCAACACCAACUGCUUCCAUGGGGAGGAUGCCGGUGUGGUGUGUUCAGGGUCGGCGCUGUCGGCGGCCACGGCGCCGCGCUUGGCCAGCGGCUCGACGCGGUGCGACGGCAGAGUGGAGGUGCCGCACCUCAGCUCCUGGGCAUCCCUAUGCGACCAGGAGUGGGGUCUGGCGGAGGCACGGGUGCUCUGCAGGCAGCUGGGCUGCGGGACGGCGCUGGUGGCCCCGGCCCAGUCCUGGUCCGGCCAUGGAACUGGUCCGACGUGGCCCAACCGCGUGAGCUGCGUGGGCACCGAGAGCACCCUGUCCAUGUGCAAGGUGCAGGCCCGGGGCAAUGGCUCUUGUCCCCAGGGCAGGGAAGCCGUUGUGGUGUGUUCAG